AGACCCAUCCAUAUACAGGAGAGGGGGAGGGUUGUCUGUGCCCCCGGCCCUCCCCUGCCCCUGCGUCGCCUGGUGCCCUGGUCGCUUCUUCUCCCCAAGAAGCCGGGGCAGCCCAAGAAGCAACAGCCUAAUCUCCCCAAGAACUGCUCCUCAUCUGGUUUUGCCAACCUGUUUCGAAGAGGUUUCCUGGAGUGAAUCGGCGGUGGAGCUGCAAGUCCGGUACAGAUGGAUCAGGAAGUGAAGGACUCAAGGCCCUCAAGGUCUCCCAGCGAGCCAAACCUCUUCCUGAAAUGGGGCAGCCGGAAGCGUCUGCGCUGUGUCAAGACGCGUGACGACGGCUCCCCUUCACCGUCGCCAUCUGAAGUUCUUAGACGUGCUGUACCCCGCACAACUCGGCCCCUUCUUGGAGGUGACAUUGCACCAUUUCGUUCACCACGCCGUCCUAGCACCCUUCACCGCAGGAAAUCAGACUCACUAGUGAAUGAGUACAAGCAAUCGAUGGCCCUCUCACCAGAUAAGGACCGAUACUACUCCACUAGGGGUUCACCUUUUCCUUUCGAGGGGAGUGGGUUCGAUUUCGGUGGUGGAACAGAAGAGAGGGGCACCACUUCGCUGCCAAGGUUCUUCAUUGCGCUGUCUAAUAAGGAGAAGGAGGAGGACUUCAUGGCAAUGAAGGGCUGCAAGCUCCCACAGAGGCCAAAGAAGAGGCCCAAGUUGAUGCAGAAGUGCUUGCUUAUGGUGAGCCCAGGAGCUUGGUUGUCAGAUUUGUCGCAUGAGAGAUACGAAGUUAGAGAGAAGAAAAGUUCUAGGAAGAGGGCUAGAGGCUUGAAGGCUUUGACCAUGGAGAGUGAUUCAGAAUAGAGGUGGCGUGGUAUGAGUUUUUGGACUUAAUUUUAGCUGGAGGCAGAAACCUCUAGUUAGGUUGCAAUGUUGGUUCUUCAAUCAGACAAACCUCAGCAUCUAAUUCAGAAAGAGUAUAUUAGACAAUUCCUGAUCUAGUGACCUUUUUAGUUUGGUUAGUUCUAUUAACCUCUGAAGACAAGGUACAACUUGAUCUUUUGGUUUGAUUAGUUUGAGACCUUUUUGUCUCACUCUCAACCCCACAGAGGAAGGAAUGAUCAGCUUCUGCAAAAAAUAAACAGUGAAGGUUCGAGGUUGACUGAUCUUCUGUUGCUGUAAACUCGUAAUGGUUAAACUAGUUUACUGGAAGA